UAAAUCAUCUAUUUUUAUUUGUUUAUCUUUAAUCUUUAUGUUUAUGAGUUUAUCUAUUUAUUUAAAAAUCAGGGCCUUUUUUAUGUUUAUCUAUUUAGAUGAAUUAGGGCUUUUAGUUUUCUUAUUAGUUCUUUGGCAAAAUUAGGGAUGUAAAAAAAAUUAGGGUUUUUUAUUUGUUUAUCCAAUUACCUAUUUAGCAAUUGACAAUUAUGAUUGAUUAGUUAGAUAGUUUAAAAGUUGUAUACUUGAUAGUUUAAAGGAUGUAUGAUUGUGAUUAAUUUGUCAAAUGAUGACAUUAUGCCCAAUUUUCAGAUUAUAAAAACUCGACGUGGACAAUUGCCUUAAUCAAUCGAUAUUAAAUGUAAUUUUUUUAACACACUUGAUUGUAUUUUUUAUAAAAAAAGUGGACAUCCCUUGUAUAAUUUUUUGGUUCCACCCCUGUGUGUAAUGCUAAUUCAAGUUCCACAUUAUAUGGGACUUGAGAUACUCCUUUGUCCCCCUGAGGUUCCUCGAGUAGAGAUGGUAGAAUGAUUAAGAAAAAUGGGAAACGGGGUAUUUUAGUGGGAUAUUGUAGGUGGAAUCAUGUUCUUUAGUGGGUAAUUAUAGGUUUUGAUGUAGGAAAGAAAAAUAAAUUGUAGCUUUUAGUGGCGUAUUACAGGUGGAGUCAUAUCCAUAACUAGUAAUGGGACAAACUCGACGAAAAUAGUAUUGGGAGCAAAAUGAGGGAGAGUAGACGGAGGGAGUAUGUUUUUAAAGUUUUUCACUUUUGCUUCUAAAAUUCUGUUAAAGCUUACCCCUUAUUAUUCAAAUUAAAGCUUUGGCAUUGUUGUAUGAUUAAUUCUUCUUUUAGUAAGCAGUUUGAGUUGCCUUAAAGUUCUGUUUUGGGUGAUGUAUUCGUUUCUCUAUGGUCUAUGGUAAAAUGUACAUGUUCGUCAAAGAAGUUUGAUAUGAACAGAUUUAUGCAUUUUUGAUAUGUAAGUGAUGCAUUUGUUAAGUUGGUAAGAAUUUACCGAAUGUUCAAAAUGUACUAUGACCUGAUGAUUGUUAUUGUUUUUGUUAAAAGGAUAUCCUUAGCUCUUGUCUUCUUAUGCAACGAGGAAGAUUUCAUUGUUUCACGUUAUUUUCACAAAAGGGUCAGCUUUAAAUUCAAAACGGAAAGGGUUUUGGUCUAAAUCAUCCACCAUUCCAUGUCCAAUGCGUUUUUUCAUGAGAUAAAGUGUUCUAUUGUCACAAGAAGUAAGAUAUAACGUAAUUUGAUUGGUUUGGAGUUUGAUGAAGGCGACUAGAAGGAGAGGAGGACAUGGAUAAAGGAUUGAAUCAGAUUUAAAAGUUCUGGGGGUAGGUUUACCAUUUGGGAGUAGUAGUUAGGGCUUAUGUUAGCUUUUAAAGGGUUGUUUAAUACAUAUUUAUAGCAUUCGUAGGCAGCUCUCAACAUUGACGGAGGCAAUAUAUUACAAACAUAGUGGGAAGGGAGCCAUGGGCCCAUGGCAUGUGUUAGCCCCUGAAAAGUUCCAAUUCUGAUUUGCAGGCUUUUGGGCAAUAUAGACCUAUAGGGGGCACAAAGAGGCAUCAAGAGACAUUUCCCAGUUUUAUAGAAUUUUCAAAAGAGCCGAAUUGCAGAAUUUUCAAGUCUUCAUCGAUUGCUGGUAAAUACUCUUUCAUCUCCACUCAAAUUCCAGUUAUGAAUGCUCAAUUUCACGCAAUUUCUCAAUUUUGUCGAUAUCCCAAAUCCAUUUAUUGCCGAUGUAACACCCCUAUUAAUUCCUUUACAUCUCUUUGUAAUUUUGUUAAUUUGUUUUGUACUUCAUAUUCAACUCAAAUCAAUGAAACCCUAGGAAAAAAUUUGAUCCCAAUUUCAAAAAUUUCUGAGCUCAUAUCUAAGCAGCAUUGGAGGGAACUGAAAACAAUUUCGAACGAAACGAACCCUAACACGAUUCUGCAACAAUUAUUUGAUUUUGAGUCGGACCCACUUUUGAUUGUUCAGUAUUUUAAAUGGUUAGAGAGAGAUUGUGGGGUUUCACAUGAUAUUGAGGUGUAUUUUAAGGUUUUUUAUAGGCUAGCUAAUGAUAAAUUAUAUGGGGAAAUUAGGAAAUUGUUGAAUGGGGUUGUGAAUAAUGGGAAGUAUUCGAAUUUCGAAGUUUUCCACUGUCUUUCGAGAUUUGGUGACUCAUUUGGGGUGAAUUCUAUGAUUGUUGAUAUGUUGGUUCAGACUUAUGUGAAGAAUUUGAAAGUAGGUUUGGCAGUUGAGGCGGUAAGGCGAGCUUGGCAAUAUGGGUUUAAGUUAUCAUCUUUGUCGUGUAAUCCGUUGUUGAACGCUUUGGUUGAUGAAGGGAAGAUAAAAGUUAUGGAACAUGUAUUUAGGGAGAUGAUUAGGAGAAGAGUUCAGCCUGAUCUCAUUACAUUUAACACUGUUAUUAAUGGGUUUUGCAAAGUAGGACAGUUGCAAAGUGCAGGAGAUGUUUUAGAGGAUAUAAAAUUAUGGGGUUUAUCUCCGUCUGUUGUUACGUAUAAUACUCUUAUUGACGGGUAUUGCAAGAGGGAGAGGGUUGGAAAGAUGUAUAAAGCGGAUGCUCUUUUGAAAGAAAUGGUAUCAAUGAACAUAAGUCCGAAUGAGAUCACUUACAAUACUCUCAUUGACGGGUUUUGUAAGGAUCAGAACUUAGCGGCUGCAAUGAAGGUUUAUAAAGAAAUGCAGAACCAAGGACUGAAACCGAGUAACUUUACUUAUAAUUCGUUAAUUAGGGGGCUUUGUAGUGAAGGGAAAACUGAUGAAGCUUUAGAAAUGAGAAAUUCAAUGUCUCUUCUAGGUUUGAAGCCAGAUAUUACGACAUAUAAUGUUCUUAUAAAUGGCUAUGCUAAAAAAGGCAUGGUUAAGGAAGCUAAGGAGCUGCUAGAAGAUGUUGCUGGGAAUGCUUUGACUCCUAAUGUUGUAACUUUUAAUACUUUGAUUGAUGCUUAUUGCAAGGUUGGGAUGAUGAAUGAUGCUGUUUCUUUGCAUAAGUUAAUGUUGGAGAGAAACAUUUCUCCUGAUGUUUCAACUUAUAAUUGCUUGAUUGGUGGCUUUUAUAGAAAUAAUGAUUUCGAAACGGGUGGUGCUAUGAUAGGAAAAAUGAAAGAUGCUGGGAUUCAACCCGAUGUUGUGACGUAUAACAUAAGAUUAGGUGCUUAUUGCCGGAUAGGCAAGACAAAAAAGGCUAACAGGCUAUUAGAUGAAAUGUUGGAGAUUGGUUUGACUCCAACUCAUGUGACCUAUAAUACCUUAAUUGAUGGCUACUGUACUAAAGGAAAUCUCAGGGAAGCCAUGAAUAUGAGAAUGAGAAUGGAAAAAAAUGGUCGACGAGCUAAUGUUGUGACAUACAAUGUGCUAAUAAAAGGUCUUUGUAAGAAAGGCAAGUUGCAAGAAGCAAAUAGGCUUCUUAAUGAGAUGCUCAAGAAAGGUUUAGUCCCUAAUCGGAUCACAUAUGAAAUAAUCAAGGAGGAAAUGAUGGAGAAAGGAUUUACUCCUGAUAUUGAUGGACAUCUAUAUAACCAAUCUUCUGUGCGUUAAUUUGGCUGGCAGAUUAUUGUCCAAAUGCUAUUAUCAUCACUGUUUUAUUGGAAGUUGAUGGUAUAAGAUGCUACUAAACAGAGAUUCUAAGUUUCAUUAUUCUUCAUUCUUUAGUACAGGGGGGUUAAUGGUUAUCAUGUCGAGUUAGCAAUGAGUCAAGCGGUUGUGAAUUCUCUGAACCAAGCAGUUUUGUUGGGAUCAUAUGCCAAGGAUGCUGCAAAACAAGAAGGAAAGAAAGCUGCAAAAUUGGCAUCCGAAGUCGUAAGGCUAGUCGGAUCACUGAGCCAAUCGUAUCUUUCCGAUAGGACUUCUUUGAGGCUAUUUUUUUGGAGGUUUAGUGACUGAAGGCUUUCUUAGGGAAAGCGGGACCUUGUUUGGCACAUACACAGCCAGAUACAUUGGAGAACAAAGGCCUCGGUUAGUUCGGCUACCUCACCGGAACCCAUGUGGGAAGUCGGUUUGGUGAAAGAAUAGGUUUAAUGGUUUACUAUAUAGCAUACAAGGAUUGCAAGUUCUGGGAUUGUACUUCUUCUGGUUUCUAAUACUUCCAUUGAAUCAAAAGAAAAUGAAAUGGAUGUUUGUUACUGUGUCUAUGUGAACAUUAAAGUUUAAUCAUUAUUUUCCUAUAAUAAUUUUACAAUGAAUGUUGUAUUAGAACCAAGUUGUUGUGGCUAUUGGCCAAUUGUCUAAUCAUUAGUCUCUUUUUCAUUUGUCGCAUCCAUUUACUUUGAAAUUAUAAGCGAAUAUAAGUGAUCACAUUAAGACGGUAAAUAUAUAUUUGGUCAGCUCAAUAGAGAUGAUCUAAUGGUGAAAUCGUCUUAAUUGAAAAGUUGUGUUAAAUUUUUUAGAACCCAAAAUUAGUCCCAGUUUCUGAUUGUGUUUUCUAGUUUGGGUUGAAGAUUAUUCUCAUUGAUUCCUAUAUGGGCUGAAUUCUGGAUCUGCCCCAUCGACACCCAUUACAAGAUAGGAAUAAUUUGAGAAUUGUGGAUUAACCUAGUGGUUAAGGGCUAAGAGUUCGUUUUCACCGUCUACAUGAAAGAUUAAUAAUAGUUUUUUAUCUGUAGAAAUUCUCUAGUUUAUCCGAAAUAAAAAUAGUUAAUGAACAAAUUACUAGUUUUCUUCUUACCCUUAAUUUUGAUAUUUGCAUAUUGUUAUGACUUUUGUAAAAAAAGAAAAACAAGAGUUAUUUUCGUGAGCGACUGUCUCUCAAAGAGUUUAACUCAAAUAAAGACAUAUAUUCUUAUAAUAUUUAUUAGAUGGGGUAUUUAACUUUUAUAUAAGAUGAGUCUCUCGUAGAAACCGUCUCAUACAACAAUUUGCAGGCUUUUGGGCAAUAUAGGCCUAUAGGGGGCACAAAGAGGCAUCAAGAGACAUUGCAAAGGCUAUGAGCAAUCAAUAUAUCUUUGUUGUUUGACCUGAUACAAACAUCUUUGGUUUCAUAGGGUUCAUCCAUGCAAAGAACUGUUUCUGU